AUGCCGCCAGCGCGGUGGCGCGCGCGCGGAAAAGGAAGAAGAAAUGAAAGUGUCUGGACGGAUAUAAUAGAUAGAUAUGCACCUGAUGAUCUGAUGAUAUCUCUUCUCGACACACCGAUUAAACCGAUCGCACGCCCGCCGCCCGCUUUUUGCAGGCCACCCUACUGA